CCUCCGGCGACCGUCAUCCCCUUCUUCUCCAGCUACGGUCAUCCCAUCUGGUCCAGCCGAUCGUCGCGCUCGUCUCCUGCCGUGGUCUUCCUCCGUCGCGCUCAUCGCCUUGUCUCGUAGUCCUCUUCUCGUCGCGUCGCCUCCAGCAGUGCUUCCCUCAGGCUCUCUUCUUCAGCCUCUGGGUUUCUCCACAUAAGAGAAGAGAAUAGCUUCCAUGGACAACGGAGAUAUUCCUGAAAAUGCCAACGAGCAUUGUCCAGGUCCUCAGUCAGAAUCUGCAGGAAAAUCCGAUGCAUGUGAAGGAUGCCCCAAUCAACAAAUUUGUGCCACCGCUCCCAAAGGACCUGACCCUGCUGCCCACUCCUGUAUAUAAUAUUACUGCAACUCUGAAUGUAAUGAAGGACUACUACGUCAUAACUUUCCUAGUUCCAGACCUAGUUGCUAUCGCAGAAAGAAUGGCUACUGUGAAGCAUAAAAUAUUGGUCUUGUCAGGAAAAGGAGGAGUAGGCAAGAGCACAUUUUCCGCCCAGCUGGCAUUUGCUUUAGCAGCAAUGGAUUUUCAAGUGGGUCUUCUUGACAUUGACAUUUGUGGUCCAAGCAUCCCUAAGAUGCUCGGUCUAGAAGGUCAAGAGAUACAUCAGAGCAACCUCGGGUGGUCUCCUGUCUAUGUGGAGUCCAACCUUGGUGUCAUGUCAAUUGGAUUCAUGCUUCCAAAUCCUGAUGAUGCUGUUAUAUGGAGAGGCCCCCGCAAAAAUGGGCUUAUUAAGCAGUUUCUGAAAGACGUCUAUUGGGGUGAGCUUGAUUUCCUUAUUGUUGAUGCUCCUCCUGGUACCUCAGAUGAGCACAUUUCAAUUGUUCAAUGCCUUGAUGCAACUGGAGUAGAUGGUGCAAUUAUAGUCACCACUCCUCAGCAAGUCUCUCUUAUUGAUGUGAGAAAAGAGGUGAGUUUCUGCAAGAAAGUUGGAGUGAAAGUUCUUGGGGUAGUAGAGAAUAUGAGUGGCCUGUGCCAGCCCCUAAUGGAUUUUAAGUUCAUGAAGUUGACGGAUAAUGGUGAGCAGAAAGAUGUUACGGAAUGGAUAUUGGGAUACAUGAGAGAAAAAGCACCAGAAAUGCUGAAUUUGAUGGCAUGCAGUGAAGUUUUCGAUAGUAGUGGUGGUGGCGCAAUGAAAAUGUGCAAUCAAAUGGGGGUGCCUUUUCUCGGUAGGGUUCCACUAGAUCCGCAACUUUGUAAGGCAGCUGAAGAAGGCAGGUCCUGCUUUGCUGAUAAAGAUUGUGUCGUGAGCGCUCCUGCAUUAAAGAAGAUUAUAGAGAAGUUGAUAGAAGCAAAUGGGUUGUCAAUGGCAGCUAGUAAUGGAGUGUAGAAAAUUUGCUUUAUGAGGGAAUAUUUGUAAAUUGAAACUAGUUUUGUCUAUGUAUCUCUGCAAGGGAAUUUGUCUGGCACUUAAAUGAUUGGUAUGUAUGUAAUAAACCAAAUUGCUAUGGAGUCGAGUCAAUGAGGCAAUGUGGUAUUAGAAGUUUUGUUUUUGGGGUGGUUAUGCUUUAUGCACUUCACAAUCAGAGCUAUAGAUAAAUUUACAUUAUAACAAGUUUCAAAUUUUGUGUUUGAGAAUUAUCAUAUUCA